AUUUAGAUUUAAUAUAAAAAUAGUCUAAGUCUAUAGAAAUGAAUUCAUCAAAUAAACCGAUUGUUUUAAACUUAGAAAUUGGUGACCAAUUAACUUAUAUAUCUUGUGGUCAUGUUAUGGUAGAGUUAAUUAAGUUUAUAGUCUAUCAAAGACUACAAAUACCAUAUUCGUACCAGUGGUUGAAGCAAGUUGUAACGAAGAAGAAAUCUUGCGAAGAUGAUAACGUGAAGGAUAGUUUUCAAUCUGAAAGACAUUUUAGAGCAGCAUCUACUGCUUUGGAAAAUUUGGAUUUUAUUUUGAAGAGUCUUCAAAAAGAAGUGAGCAGCCCUUCUAUUCCUGAUGAAGUGUGUAUUGCCCUGGGAGCUACACCGGUGACAUGUAAGGAGGUUUAUAGGGUAAUCUUACCUACAGCUUGUCAUAAACCACAAUGUCACUCUACUCUCAUAGCUAGUGACCAGAAGAUACAAAGGAGUGUGUUUCGGACCUUAGUAACAUCAGAGAAACUGAGUCAAGUAUUCUUCAACCAACUCCAACCUACCAAUCUGUAUGUGUUUAUUAAGAAAAAGUUGGUUAACAAUUUGGACAGUGUCAUAGACAGUGACAACUUUGUAUUUACCAGCGGUUGCAGAAUACCUAGAAGCUCUAAAAUAGUGGUGUUAGACCUUAGAACUAAAACAUUUGACAAUUUAUCUUGCUGCAAUGAAUUCCAAAUAUUUGGAGAUAUUGUUAAUCAAGACUUGCAGAACCUACAGUUAGGCGAAACAGAAGAAAAUGUGGACGAAUUUAAUGAGAUAGAAUCCACUGAUGCUGCGAGAUGGUAUCAGUCUUCGUAUGUGAUGAAGGGAUUUAAAGACUGCACGGUCAAUGGUAGUUCUAUCACGAACGCCUGGCUCAACUCUUGACUGAAUGCAAACUGCAACUUAGCUCAAUUAUUAUUUUAUUGUUAUCACAUAUUUUUGUUUAUGCACCUAGCAUUUUUAUAACAAUGACUGACAUAUUUCAUGUUGUAAGAAUUGUUCUAAUCUCAUACAACUUAAAUUUAAUUUAGGAAUAAAUUAGUAAAAUAUAUUACUUUUAUGUUACAUAGUAACAUAUUUGAUCAUGAUUGUUUUAGACUGAUACACUGUAAUUAGUGCCAUAUACUGUUAUUACAAUUACAAUAUUAUGUACCCUUCUGUAUGUGUUGUAUCUAUAAUGUUAAUACAAAUCUGUUAAAUUGACAAUAGAAUAUUAUUAUACAGUAUCAUCACUUUUUUUUAUUUUAAAAAGAUUUGUUGUUAUUGACAAAUAUCACAACAGCCAAUUCUCCUAAGUCACAUAGGUAAUUUAUUAGCUUCUGUCAGUGUCUUUGCCUGCAGUAUCUGAUAAAAAGUAGCCUCUGUAUUAUU